AUGAUGAAAUCUACGCCGGCAGUAAAUACGCAAUCACCUGUGCAGCCUCCGAAAUCGACUGAAGCGUUUGAAGGGCCUGCAGAUGAAGUUGUUCCUAGAAAGACAACUCCCAUUGCUCGUGAUGGUAAUGAUGAGAUAAUCGAUAAUGUGAUGGAAAACCUUAGUCAUUACUCAAUGCCACCUGCUGCCGAAAACAAAUGCCUCGGUCCUGCUGGCAAAUCAUGUUUCCAGCAAUCGGUCAACCCUUUCGAUGGAACUGCGGAGGAGAACAACACUGGAAAUGAAAUGUUGGACACUCAACCCUUUGAAGCUGAAUCUCCACACCCGCAUCAGUUUAACAUGCCUUCCAAUGGAAAAGUGGGAGAAUCGCGGGAAGAUCACUCAUCGAGGUCUGCUCAUAGCCAGACGCAUGAACAUCUUAAUCCAAUUCUCCCGUCAUUCUCACUUGGCCUCACUCAGGAGCUUGGUGGACAUCAUGAUGAUGAUGAUGAUGAGAUGGGAGAGAACGAAGAUCAGCUUGGUGCUAAACACAAUGGAGCCGUAAAAGCAAGGGAAGGACAGAUUUUCGGUAAUGGUACUUAUGAUUUAGCAGAUAUUCAUGAAAAGUACAACCGUCUGAAGCUUCUACUCAAGAAAGAUUGCGUUAUAAACGUGGCUGGUCUCUCCGUAACUGGCAAGGACAUCACGGACAUUGGAGAAAGAAACCGGUUUCUCCCAGGCAGAGUUAUGGACAUUCUUAUGAGGGUCGUUUCAGCAUGUGUCAACAGCCAAAUUUGUGCUAUCUCCCAUACCUCUGCCGUUUUUCUUGAUAGUCGACUUCAAGUUUUGUUGUCUAGGAACUUUCCAAAGUUCAGGAGAGCAAAGUUGGGAACUCCGUAUAUUUUCACCAAGGCUCUCGUCGAUAUGGUGAUGAAGAGUUUGAAUUCUAAUACUGCUGCCUCACGUUUCUACAUGCCUCUCACCUUCGGGCGAAAACACUGGAUCGGGAUUUGCGUUGAUUUCACUGCCGGGAAAAUAUAUGUUCUAGACUGCAACCCUGAACUGACGAAUGCGAAUGGUUUAACCAAAGAGCUUGCUCCAGUAAGUGAAAUGUUCCCAUCCUUGCUGAAACACUGUGGUUGCUUGUCUGAGUAUCUGGAGACGCCAGUUGUUGUUGAAACUGUCAAAGGGGUGGUGCACAACACCAACCCCGCCGAAGCGGCCAUGACUGCUUGUUUGUUGAUUCAAACUCAUGCGCUGUAUGGACCACAAACUUGUAGUUCUAUCACUCCAUCACUCGUUCCAGACAAGGCACAAAGGGCAGCUGUGAUGAUUUAUGAGUUCCACAAGAAUCUCUAG